GAAUCCAAAAAAAUCAGGAUCAAGAACGAGUACGAGGAUCUUUUGCAGCUUUCCGAUAAGAAAUGGGCGAGGAAAACGAGGAAAUCAACGUUAAAGAUAGGCUGUGUGAUAACCUUUUGGAUCUCAGUCUGCUGAACAUCUCUACAGUGCCGGUGGACGAAAUUAAAGCCCUUCGGCGAGCAACGAUUCUGGAUUUAUCAAACAACCGAAUCACGACCAUCGGUCCGGACUUCCUCGCUCUGACGCAAAUCACGCAACUGGAUUUGUCGAAGAACCGCAUCACCUCGAUCUGCGACGACUUCGGCCAGCUGACCAGCCUGCGCCGGCUCGAUCUGUACAACAAUCAAAUCACCCGGCUGCCGCUCACGUUCGGACGGUUGAAGAAUCUCAAGUAUCUGGAUCUGAAGAACAACCCGCUGAACCCGGCACUGAGCAAAAAGAUUGGCACAUUCAGCGACACCAACGAUUGCCUAGCGGCCGCGUCGCGUGCCGUGGAACUGAUGAACACCAUCGAGCAGAUGAUGCUGCGCGAUUGCACCGAGGAGAUUGCCAAGCGUGAGGCUGAAGAGAGGGCACUGGCGAAGGAGGAAACCUCUUCAGAUGCCGGUGGCAAAGGCAAACGUAGGCGCAAGCAGGCCGGCACCGACGGAGAGGGGAUGGGUUCGUCGGACCAAAAAUCCGCUGCUGCUGAAGCUGACCAACGAAACAACAAGCUGCAGCAGAAGCAGCGCCAGGGCUCCGAUUCGUCCAGGUCCUUUUUAUCUUCCCUUUUAACUUUCGUCCUGCUGCUGCUCACGGGACUUGUGUUGCUGCUUGUGUACUCGGCAACCUCGUCCGGAAUCGUGAAGUCGCUCUGGGAGGAUUCAGAAAAUCUGGUACUGGAGGAGUACAUCAAGUAGUCAGGGCCCCAGAUAGGCAUUCCACAAUCCCUUUUUGAUGCAUUUAUAUUAUCCUAUACUUCCAAGAAACCGCAAUAAAAAGAAAAAAAA